AUGGUUUCAUUUGUCAAACAUACUCGAUUUCCGCAAGACUCGAAAACUAGAUCCCAACAUCUGAUCACAUCCAGUACUUCGGAGUCACUGAAAUGGAGGUUGCGCAGUCGAAGGAUCCAUGUUCAAGUCGAGGAGAGGGACGAAAGACGGAUGCGUGUCCUGGAGUUAUUCCCUUCGAGUACUAGUCAUGAGCCCAAAUCAAUUGCACACUCUACAGCGAGAGAGAAGUUUAACGAUCAGCCUAUGCCUAACAGUACAAUUGUUCACAUCACAUUGACAACAAAUCAUGGAAAUCUGGAAGAGUUGCUAUCGACGCUGCAGAUCAUUCAAGUAUUGAGCCACAAUGGACAGACAAAUAUGGUGGAAGAGUGCCAAAGCGGACCCAAAGAUGAUGCGAUUUCGGGCAAUGCCGAUGGGUCAGAUAAAGACGUUUUUGCAGCAGAAGCUUACAUCGGUAUCACUACACUUCUAGAAGCUUUAUGA